GUUAAACUCUUUUUCCAGUUGAUCCAACCGCCUCGACUUCUUCCGGAAGUUUGUAUAGAGAACAGUUUCUUACGGGGCUUUCGACUUGAAUCUCUUUUUCCUUCGAAAAGUUCGCCAUUUAGCUUUGCCUCACAAAGGCGCAACCCCGCCAAAAUGUCGUUAACGAACAGCCGUUUUUACGAGGAGAAGUACCCGGAGGUCGACAGCUAUGUCAUGGUCAAUGUCAAGCAGAUCGCCGAAAUGGGCGCAUAUGUGAAGCUUCUCGAAUACGAUAACAUUGACGGAAUGAUCCUGCUUUCCGAACUUUCACGGAGACGUAUUCGUAGUAUCCAGAAGCUUAUCCGUAUCGGUCGCAACGAAGUCGUCAUCGUGCUCCGUGUUGACAAGGAGAAGGGAUAUAUUGAUCUUUCCAAGCGACGAGUCUCCCCAGAGGAUGUUAUCAAAUGUGAGGAGAGAUAUAACAAGAGCAAAGCGGUGCACUCCAUCAUGCGUCACGUUGCAGAGGCCACUCAGACUCCCCUCGAGACGCUAUAUCAAAACAUCGGAUGGCCUCUGAACCGGAAAUACGGCCACUCUCACGACGCCUUUAAGAUCUCUAUCACGAACCCCGACGUGUGGAACGAUGUUGAGUUCCCCAGCGAGGCCGUGAAGAAGGAGUUGACGCAUUAUAUCAGCAAGAGGCUUACGCCCCAGCCCACCAAGGUUCGCGCCGAUAUUGAGGUUACUUGCUUCGGCUAUGAAGGAAUCGAUGCGGUUAAGGCCGCUCUUCGUACUGCCGAGGAGGCCAACACUCCCGAUAGCCAGGUCAAGGUCAAGCUGGUCGCCCCUCCUCUGUACGUCUUGACUAGCCAGUGCUUGGACAAGGCUAUUGGUAUCAAGCAGCUUGAGGAAGCUAUCCAGAGAAUCGAGUCCAGGAUCAAGGAGGCUGGAGGUGGCUGCAGCGUCAAGAUGGCACCCAAGGCCGUCACCGAGCACGAUGAUGCCGCACUCCAGGAGCUCAUGGAGAAGCGUGAGCGUGAGAACAUGGAGGUCAGCGGUGACGAGAGCCAGUCUGAGAGUGAUGAAGGUGUUCCCGAGUAA